UCGCACGACAGGUGAGAGGUGACAAGUUGAGAGGUCGCGUUAGCAGCAGAGCGGUAAGGCGGCUACACUUCUGCUGCAGUCAUAGUUAGUCACGUUUAAUGCAACGAAAGAGACAGAAGCUGCCGCGGGGUUGUCGUCGGCUCGACUGAUACCUCUUGAAAGACGUGCAGCUCGCCGCACCGUGCCGGGAGACGUCAGCUUUGUGGGCUUUGCAACGCUGCUGUUGAUAAUCUUCUGCUAGUUAGCCGUCGUUAGCAGGCUGCUAGCUGGGCUGCUAUGUCGCAGUCAAGCGUCUGGACCCAUCGGAGCUAACAGAGCUAGCUCACCUAAGACAAACUUAACUUCUGGAGGAAAAACGCCGAAGAUGGCUGUCUCGGUGCGGGGCCUGUACUUUGUUGUCACCCUAUUUUUGGGUAGUUUCUUUGGAAGUGUCUUCAUGCUGGGUCCUGUCCUUCCCCUUAUGCUGCUGUCUCCCGCGUGGUACCGCUGGAUCACCGAUCGAAUCGUGGCUACCUGGCUCACCCUGCCUGUGUCCUUGCUGGAGCUGGUGUUCGGGGUGAAGGUGGUCAUAACGGGUGAUGGCUUCAUUCCAGGGGAGCGGAGUGUGAUCAUCAUGAACCACCGUACACGUCUGGACUGGAUGUUCCUGUGGUGUUGCCUGCUCAGGUACAGCUACCUUCGUCUGGAGAAGAUCUGCCUAAAGGCUGGCCUGAAGGCUGUGCCUGGCUUUGGCUGGGCAAUGCAGGUGGCCUGCUUCGUCUUCAUUCAGCGUCGUUGGGUGGACGACAAGAGGCACAUGGAGAACAUGCUGGACUACUUCUGUGACAUCAGAGAGCCACUGCAGCUGCUCCUGUUCCCAGAGGGCACAGACCUCACUGAAAAUACCAGAGCAAGGAGUGAUGCGUUUGCUGUCCAGAACAGCCUGCCAAAAUUUGAGUAUGUGCUGCAUCCCCGCACCACUGGAUUCACCUUCAUUGUGGACAGACUACGAAAAGGAGACAACCUGGAUGCCGUCCAUGAUAUUACAGUGGCAUACCCCAAAAACAUCCCUCAGACAGAACGCCACCUCAUCCUGGGCCUUUUCCCUCGUGAGAUCCACUUCCACGUCCACCGCUACCCAGUGGCUUCACUUCCUGCCUCUUCCUCUGACCUGGAGUCCUGGUGUCGAGAGCGCUGGGCUGAGAAGGAGAUCCGUCUGCGGGACUUCUACUCAGCCCAGCCCCGAGGCUUUGAUAGAGAAGGUGUCGCUCGAGUGCCCCCUUGUAAGACAGAGCUGCGAGUGGCUCUCAUCAAAGCAGCCUCACUACUCUACUGGACCAGCUUCAUUGCUCUGUGCUUCACAGGCCUGUGGCUGUGGGCUCCAUUCAGGCUCUACUUCAUGGUCAUGGUUGGAGUGUUUGUGGCCCAGCAGAAGUUUAUUGGAGGGCUGGAGCUGCUGGAGUUGUCUUGCCAUCGAUACUGGAAGUCUAUGGCCGCUGACGUGGGUGAGAAGAGUAAGGUGCUGGACGGGAAGAUGCAGUGAGGAUGGAGGACAGGGUUGACUGGACAAUGACGUGUUCAGCAAGGACACUGGGGACUCAGUUGUCCUGAGGAGGGCUAGAGGGUCCUUUUGAGGAACCUGGUGCUUGAUGCCUUAGAAAGGGAGUAAUGAGUUGACCUCCUGAUGGUAUGCAUGGCUUCAGUGGAAAGAGCUUAUCUUUCUGUUGAAGAAGAAAAAGAGGAAUGUUCUGUACAUUUAUCUGUGUUGGAUUCAAGGAAUUCAGCGCACAUAAUGUCUCACUUGUAUGUCUCUACCUGUAUAAUCACUGUUAUUUAGCCUGCUGUCCAUACAUUUUAGCCAUUUAUGUUGUUAUGUUUUAUUAUAAUUGUUUGUUCAGAACCUCAUUGUGUCAUGAACCAAUGCUGUUCAGUGUUUGUUUUACGCAGUUGCCAUGUCUUUGUAACUGGUUUUAUCGUAUGUGUUGCCCUUGUUUUAUAUCGGUGUCAUAAGUUAUGGAGCAGAGCCAUAGUACAGACAGGCUGUACAUAUGAUGACUUGACUCUAACCAAUAUUCAAAUCAGCACAGUAGUUAGCUGGAUUAGACUAAUGGGACUAGUUAAAUGAAUCGGUUCCAUUAGAAGUCUCUGGUCUAGCAAGGAGUGAAAAGGAUUGAUGUAAUUCACAGAGAAUUAUUAAGGAAUAUACAGGUAUAUAUGUGUACCAUUGUUUACCUUUUAUUGGGUAUAAUUACCCUUUUAUACAAAUUGGGGAACGGACCUUUCCCAGUUAGUCCUUAGAGAUAACUUCUGUGACAAUGUUUAUUACUGUAUAGGUCUGUAAACAUAAAAAUAUGUUUGCUAUGUCAGCUUGUUUCCAUAAAAGCCAAAGGUGUGAAAAACAGGUGUGAUUUUAAAACAACAACCAAACAGAAUGUAGUCCAUCUUUAUCGGGAAAGGCCAUCACCUCAGCCACGCUGAGGAAACACUUGUGGUCAUUGGCUCAUCGAGAUCAAAGAUCUCAAGUGUUGAUAAGCGCCGAAGCAGAUGAGCUUUGUGCCCUUUCUGGGAGUGAAGGGAUGCCUUGUACAGGCAGGAUGUGGGUGGUGCUGAGGUGGAAGAAUGUCCUGUUGGGACAACAUUACCCCUCGAUGUGCUGGGUGGCACAGAGGACCAGACUUGGAGUGGAAAACUGGCCCUGAACUCAACCUAAUCCAAAAAAGCCCUGUAAUGCCCACCUCUGCCUGUGUCCGUCUCUAGAGUACUGGCAUUGAUGCGCCUGCUAAACUCAAUUAGCAAAUGACAGCUGAGAAAGCGACUCCAAUUGUGCCAAAAAAGGACAGAAAUUGAAACAGGAUUGGAGUGGCGCUUCAGCCACACUUUUAGCCACUGACUAACCUUGCCACUCAACCAUUCAGACCCUGUGAAUUCUGUGAGUCAGGAAACAUAUGUGUCAGACAGUCUUUAGCAGUUUAUGUAACACUGUGCAAUGUAUGAUCUAGCUGACGUCAGCCCUGUUUUGUUCGACAAACAUCUUCAACCACGCGUUAGCAGGUUGACUGAGACCUCUUUUAUUUGUUUAAAUGAAUCUUAAGCUCCUGUAGUUAAAAGUGUCAAUGGGGCUGUUUCCAGUCACUGUGAAUUUAGCUGAGUAACCAGUUUUAUCAUCAGCAUGUAGUAAUUUACCAGACAUGGUACAAUUUCAGUUUCCUUAAAAACCUGAACCAGCUAGAAUCUCCAUGUUAUAUUCUGUCACCUGUGCUGUUUUCUGUUGCCCAUUUUACAAUCACUUUUUGAUGCUGGACCUCUUCAAAGUCACUGUCCUCAGGUAAAUGCAGUGGACACUGUUCGAGUCAGGCUCUUAAAGGAGGAAAUAUGUAUCUAAAUAAAUAUACUCUAUCAACUCA